AUGUUUCGCGUCUUUUCUCCUCGCUUUGUGUACACUAAUCGGAUUCACGGCUGUUAUUUCCUGUUCACUACAACCUUUUCCUUUCAGAUCUUUAUCAACAAUGAGUUUGUUAAUAGCGUGUCUGGUAAGACCUUCCCAACUGUGAAGCCAGCCACCGAGGAGAUUAUCUGUCAAGUUCAAGAAGGUGACGAAGCAGAUGUGACUAAGGCAGUUGCAGCUGCGAAAGCGGCUUUCCGCAGAGAUACGCUAUGGCGCAUCAUGGAUGCCUCUGCUCGUGGUCGAUUGCUAUACAAACUGUCAGAUUUGGUCAAAAAGAACGCUGAAUAUAUUGCC